UCGAAGGUGUUGAUGGGAGGCCACCUCAGCUGAACGAUUACUUUCGAAUGUGUCUCUCAGAAACGGUGAAUUUGGCGCAAGUGAGUUCAGUCGAAAUUUGUUCGUCGUGGUGAAUGUUAUAUUUGCAGCAGUGGACUAGCGGAAUUUCUGAAAAAUAGGCAAAAAGAAAAAACAUAAAUUAAUAAAGAGCAAAAAAAGACUUACGCUGCUUAUUGUGAAAGAAAAGUUUGGAAAAACUUAAUUACUAUUAAUUAAACAACCAACAAACCUUAAUAUACUCGCCCUUAAAUCAUCGUUAGUAGAAUAGCCUUAAAAUUUGUAAGUCAAUUAACGCGCAUCGACGGUAAUAUCAUUAAAUAUCGCCGCCAUUUCGGUCGACAAAAGCCGUGUUCAUUCGUGGAGGUCAACACUUCAAUUAAAAUCAUUGAAAAACCAUGCAAACUGCUGUCGACUGCAAUGGCAGCAACAGCAGCAGCAACAAAAGCAACUCAACGACCACCACCAUCGUCGAGAGCAACAACGUCAGCGUCGAUGCGCGCAGCGAACUCUUAUCACACGAUGUAACAUCGUGUGCUGCUGCACCAUCGACGCGCUCCACGCCAGCUGUGCUGCUGACGCCGGUAGCAAUGCUAGAGCAAACCAGUGUGCUGCGCCAUCGUUUGCAAGUAGGCGUCGGUGUUGGCCAUAGUAUCGGCACCUCGGUCAUGAACUACGGUUGUCCGGCAACUGUGGGUACUAGUACACAGAAAUUAAGUGGCCCAGCCUCUCAUCUCAUCAACAUGGCCGAAUAUAUGGGCAGCAAUGUGGAGCGUAUGUGCGUCACACCAUCACCAUCACCACACGCAUCACCGUCACGGAAAUCGCAACUGAAGAAUAACGUCACUUCCUCCAUACCACCAAAAUCAACAUCGAACGCUACACGAAAUGAUGGUGGUGGUGCUAUGACGGCGCUUAGCCAAUGUUCAGCUUCCAGCAGCAGCAGCAGCAGCUCAAGUUCAAAUUCCAUUACAUCGUCUGUGAUCGCAUCACCAGUUAGCUUUAAGCGAGAUCUAGCGCGACGACGUGGUUUAGUUGGAGAAGGAGGCGUCGUCGGCGUCGGCGUUAGUAACGAAGUUGAUGGUGCAUUAGGAGCAGCGGGUGAUAUACUAGAUUUAAGUGGCAAAGAUUGUGCCGAACGACGAGGUGCACUCGCAACCAGAGGGCUUCCACUUCAUAAUGCAUACGAGGAGCAUUUGACACUAAGCACACCAACGACACCGAUGACUGCGCCAUCGUUGUCAUCAUCAACCACCUCAUUGUCACCCUGUACGAAUUCGACAAAUACAUCGACGACUGCAUCUUCGUCGUUGCUAAGUUCGACAGCGGUGACGCCGACAACGAAUACACCGAAAUCGGCGCUAACAACAACAACAACGAAAUCACCCGCAUUCGAUCCCACUGCACAACUGCAGCACUGGCAGGAUAUGCCGAAGUAUUUGCAGUUUAAUCCGUAUGUGCUCAACGGCUACCGUCCAUUGACAACAUUCAGAGGCUGCCUGCUAAGUUUGUUCUAUUGGCACAACGAAACGGUCAAUAUACUCACGCACGCCAUACCGAUUUUCUACAUUCUGGCAAUUGUGCCUGGCCUCAUGCCUUGGGAGCAGGAAUAUCGCUUUUUAUCCUUCUGUCACCUCUUCGGUUCGGUGGCGCCAUGGUGUGGCAGCUUUGUUUAUCAUCUCUUCAUGAAUAUUGAAAAGGGCGAACACGUAUACUACACUUUGCUGAAAUUGGAUAUGGUUGGCAUAUGGGUCAGUCAAAGUUUUGGUGCAUUGCCGCUAGUUACGGCCACAACAUUCUGUUUAAGCCCCAAAUGGAAAUGGUUGAUUAUAAUAUCCUACUGUUUACUAUCGUUUUGGGGACUUUAUAAGGCUCUAACUGCAAGUUCACCUUGGCAACGGCGCCUCUGCUUCGCUCUUCCCUUCACCAUGCGCUCAAUAUUGACAUUAUUUCGCACUCUGGGUAUAUGGGUCGGUGGAAGUCGGAUCGCGCUUUCGCAUGUUUAUCUGCAGGAUGGCGUCUCCAUAUUGGGUGGCGCUAUAGGUGCAAUGCGUAUACCAGAAAAGUGGUUUCCGGGCGUUGUGGAUUUCUAUUUGAAUUCUCACAAUAUUAUGCAUGUGUUGGUGGUGGUAGCGGUGUACUCCAUGCAUAAGGCAACUAUAAAAGACUUUGAGUGGAUGUCGGCAACGAAUUGCAAUGCUACUGCAAGUGACACCGUCGAAACAAUAGAUACUACUUUUACCUCAAAUGUGGAACUAUGACCUCUUAACAUUCAAAAGCGUGAAUUAAAGAAUUAUCACACAGUAGCUAUUUAUUUCAGUGCAACUAUAUUGAAUUGUUAAAUCUAGAACGCCUUCGAGUAAGCAAAUUAAAAGAAAAAAAAAAGUAUUUAAUGUUUUUGCAAUAAAAAAUACGUAACAUUUAGUUAAAAAAAUAUAUAUAUAGUUAAAUUAAAAAGUGCUUAUGUAGAGCGUGGGAAGUAUGUAAAAUAUUGACGCGAUUUUUACUUAAUAUUGUUGCAUAGCCAUAACUAUGACUACAGUGCACAGUGGGCGAAGCAACCCAGAGAGAAUUUUUUUUUUCUAAAAGCCAGAAGUACGGUCUAUGUAAGAAAAAAAAGAACCGAUUUUUUUCUUGUAGCUUCAAGAUAUUGGGUAGUCGAAAAAGUCUUUUCGUAUUUUGUCAAUAGAUGUCGUUGGAGUCAUCUAUCUCCAGUGCUGCCAAUCACAUUGUGUCAUAUCAUAAGGUGUUAGAAAGGUGACAUUUUAAGCUUCAUUUAACCAAAACAAAAAUUA